GGCUGCAGGCAAUUAGACGCUGCACGGAGAGUUGCACAGGUUGAGCUGUUGUGUUGUCACUUUGCACAUAAGAGAAACAAGCUGCAGUAUGUGAGUGUGAGCUGCAGCCUGAAGGAUCUUCUGCGUUAAACUGCCUCUGCACCUUUUUCCUGGAGCCCGGAGUCCAACUGGGAGCAGCUCAAACCAUGGUCAGCAUCACAAAAGAGAGCCCGAGGCCCGAUCACAGCUCUGGAUGAAUUGAAUGUGCUUAGAGGGAGAAGCAACGAGCGACGAGGAAGAGGAGAAGAAGAAAAGUUUCCAGGAGAAGCGGAGCUCGGCUGCGGGUGUCGGGGGGAUGUCGGGCCGCAACGGAGCACUGCCCCGGGGGAGCAGCACCCCCAGCCUGCAGCCCCUCAGAGCCACGGUGCCCUUCCAGCAGCUCCACAGGGGCCCAGCGCUGCUCUGCAGGGAGGUCAAGACGGCAGACAGAACCACAGCUCGACCUCCAAAACCCACCAUCCGCCGAACCCUUUCUCUGGACGCCAUCGUGGCUCCCUACCUGCAGGGGCAGUGGCCCAAAGAGGCCGAGAGCACGACGGUUACCUGUGUGAACGACAAGGCCACUCAGACUCCCAGUUCAUGGGCUGAGGAGACCCGAGGGAGGAGGAGUGUUGGCGGACACAAGCGCUCGGCAUCGUGGGGCAGCGCUGAACACCUGAGGGAGGUGGCCAAGCUGAGGCACCAGUUGCAGAAACGCUCCCGUCACGCCCCUCCGUCGGCAGGAUCCGAGCAGCCCCACCACCCCCUGCCGGCAGGUCACGCAGCCGGCAUCACUCAGACGAUGCCCCCGAUGCCACUAAACAGACUUGUUCCACGGCUGCGACGGAGCGUUGAAGGUCUGAACCUGGAGCUGGAGGAGGUGUUUGUGUCGGAGAAACAAGACGAUCAGCACGAGAUUCUGGAUAUCCCAGACGGCCACAGGGCUCCUGUUCCUGCCCAGAGAUGUAGCAGCGGUUCCCAGAGUGAACCUUCACCGGGGCCCCUAGAUCCGUCCCUCCUCUCUCCAUCUCAGUCUCCUUGUCCUCUCGACCCGUCGCUUCUGUCGCCUUCAAGUUCCCCUUUACCACUGAAUCCAUCACUGUUGUCUCCAUCACAGUCUCCCUGUGCCAUGGGAGAGCCAGAGCCUGUGGACUGUGAGACUUUGUGUACGUCUCCAUCAACGCUGCUUCCUUCAUUUGCACUGGAUCCUCCUCUGCUGCAGAGCUGCUCGUCUUCGCCUCGACCCAGCAAAACCUACUCGUUCCAGCGAGAACCGCCAGAAGGCUGCGAGCGGGUUCGAGUAUGUGAGGAGGCAAUGUCUGCCUGUCAGGACGAACCUCUCCUCCAGCCUUCCUGCCCCGACCCCAAUAAAGUCAACUUCACCUCCCACGGAGGCUCCGCUUUCUGCCCCGUCAGCCUCUUGAAGCCCCUGCUGCCCUCCAUGGACCUCUUGUUCCGCGGCCUGUCGGUGUCUCCGGUCACCGGCUGCUCCGGUCAGGCUUCCCACCAGACACCUGGGCAUGCAGUAGGUGGACCUCAGGACUAAAACACGUUACACUGCCAGGACCUGCAGAAUCCGGAUGUGUUUUUCCGGCAGCGUGAGAAUGGAUAGCUGAGCUCAUCACCGCUGUGACGUGUCAUGAACUAACACAGACUUUGUGGCUGCAAGAAUUCAUUCUACUUUAGAAUAACUGUGGCCUAAAACCUGGCUAGUUGGUUGUUUCCAGUCGUGGGAGGCUUUUAAAUCUGCUGAUAUUUUCCCCAUCAGCAUUUACAUUUGCCCCAGGGUUCCCCCACAUGAGGGAUGGAUGAUUGGACUGCAGGACUUCAGCUGGAAAAUGCUGGAAAAGAUUCACACGUGCCAGAGUUCUUUCUGAUCAUACUGUUUUAGUUAUGUGUCAGUCUUUCAGGGAUGUUUUCAUUCUUAGUGAAUUCAGUCAAAAAGCCAAGCACUUAGAACACACAAGUAUUACUUCCUGACUAUCCCUAAAUGUUGAUUAAUAUGCUAGUAGAGCAUUGUUACAUUUAGAUACACAUUUGAGAGGUUUAAUUGAUGAAGCAUUUGUUGGGUUUGUUCUUUAAAUUUGCUAUAAAACACCUGUUGAUUGAAGAGGAAUAUUUUUGGCCUGUAGUUUCCGUUGGCCUCCUUUUUCUACAGAUGUGUUUCUAUGUAGGAAGAUCUAUAUUUUUGUAUCUUUGUAAGGAGUUAUGAAGCCGAAAUGUCUUUCUGUUUUUUGCAGGAAUGGACUUUUUUUAGUAGCUUUACUAGCCUACAGCAGGCGUUGUUACAACCAAACUGCUUUUGGACUGGGUCUCUCAAUCUGAGCCUUAUUUUGGACCCUGUGGUUCUGACCACAAAGUGUUAAAGAAGAGGCUGAUUCCACUUGUUUGAUUCAAAUGCAUAAAACACUGUCUUUGUCAACAUGUUCCUAUGCAACACUGAUUAAAAAAACUUCACCUUCAUGAAAACAUUGAGCAGAUGCAAAUGAAAAAUAUGUGAUAUUUGUCAGCCCUGCUCUCUCAUGUGAUUAUUUCACCCUCUUCUUAUUUUUAGAGCGAUAACAGUUGAAAAUGUUUAGUAUGCCGUUGUGAAAUAAAUAAAAUAACCAUGUUUUGCAGG